AUGGCUCAUGAAAAGCUCAUCGUCUUGGCCAUCUCUAGAGCUCGCUUCAGUGGCAUCAGCAGAUCUCGAAGAGUCAAAUGUCAUUCUCAACGAGAAGGUCCAGCGCCCAGAGGUCUGGGAUUUAGUUCACCGCUAUUCUUCACUCAACAAAUUGCUUCGAAUUACGGCCAUCUUCCAAUGCGUCAUUGUUCAUCUCAGAAGAAUUCCUGGAUCAUCCAGGCAUCGUUAGCAAUAGCUCUAAACCCUGGUGACAUUGAGCAAGCCCGACUGCUCUGGAUUAAGCUCACUCAGUCUGCGCACUUCUCAGCUGAGCUUAAGACCUUGUCGAGAGGGCAACGUCUUAGUUCAUCUCACUCACUCACUCGAUUGACAGCGUUCCUGGAUCACCGGGGAGUUCUACGCGUUGGAGGGCGCCUGAAAUUUGCUCAGCUCGACUGCGAAAAUAAGCAUCAGAUCAUCGUACCUCAGGAUUCUCAGUUCGCUCAGCUCAUCAUUCGAGAUGCCUAUCUCAGAACUCUGCAUGAAGGAACGCAGCUCACUCUCGGUCAACUCAGAAGGUCUUACUGGAUCCUCGGUGGAAGAACCCCGGUAAGAUCAUUCAUCCUGAAGUGCGUUCCAUGCGCCAGACAGCGAGGGAUCAGAGCUCGACAACUCAUGGGCCAGCUCCCAGUUGCUCGUCUCACCCGUGGCCGAGCGUUCCUCAACACUGGAGUUGACUACGCCGAACCAGUGUCGCUCCACUCAUGGAAAGGGCGUGGUCAUAAGUCGUACAAGGGAUGGAUCGCAAUUUUCGUCUGCAUGACCACGUCCGCAGUCCAUAUUGAGGUCAUCUCAGAUUACGCAGCUGAUGGAUUCAUCGUUGCGUAUCGUCGCUUUGUUGCCCGACGUGGACUCUGCAAGAACUUGUUCUCAGAUUGCGGAACGAACUUCUUGGGAGCCGACAAGGAACUGAAGAAGCUCUUCUCAAUGGCGUCUAAGGAAUCGGACAACUAG